GCAACGCACAGUACAUCAGAAUAAUGAAUACGCUGGCUCGUGCUUGUGUAUUUCCGGUUAGCAAAGAUGGCACAAGGUUCACAGAAGUUUAAAGCUCAGAAGCCUGGAAUGUCCAAGAAACAAACUCAGAACAAACAGAAAGGACCGAAGAAAGGAGGACGGAUCAUCGCUCCCAAAAAGGCUAAGGUAGUAAAACAACAGAAACUCACAAAGUCUUUGGAGGUUGCUAUCCGGAAUAAAAUUGAGCAGGAGGUGACUCAGAAGGCCAGCACUUCCCUCCAUAAGCCACUAAAUGUGGUUAAAACACCUGACGUCAAAGGCAUCUCUAAAGCAGCCCAACCAGGAAAAAGCUCUUGAUAGGACUGGAUACACCCUCUCUUGAGCUGCAGGUGUAGCCUGUCCCACAGGCAAUCCCACAGGAUUGUCUUGAAGCAUCACAUCAAAAUAUUUUUUUUAGCUAUGGACUUAAUUCAAGUUGUUUUUCUAAAACUGCUUUGCUAAAGUUGUUAAGGUUAUUUAUAGAAGUGUGAAUACCUGUCAAAACUAUGUAUGAUGUGUAAAAAGUGAGCAUCAGAGGUCUGAGAACCAAUUGGGCUAAUUUUUGUAAUAGAAAUACUUGAUAGUGAUUUAUUUUGUUGUUGCUUCUUCUGUGGACUCAACAGAUCAAUACUAACACCUUGUAUUAUCCUUUUAUUGAAUUAUUUUGUGUACAAGAAAAUAAAAGAAUAGAAAUGUUUA